AUGAUAGGUAAAACUAGAAGUAGUAGAUAUUCAAAUAUCUACGAAUUUACAGAAAACAUCUUAUCAAGUAUUUUUAAAGAAUUAACAGAUCCCGAAUUAAGUUCUUGUAUAUUAGUGAAUAAAGCUUGGUGUAAUUUAGCUUUACCUUUACUUUGGGAAGAUCCAUUAUCAUGGGGAGCCCCGAUUAUAGAAAUUUAUUUGAAAUUUUUACCAUCAGAACAAAGAAAAUCAAUUUCAAAAAUUGGAAUAAAUUUACCCAAUGUACCAAAAAAUUUCAAACCUAUUUACUGUUAUCCAAAAUACAUUAAGAAAUUUAGCUAUACUGAAUUACAUGAGGCGACAUAUUCUUGGCUUCUCGAAAGUAAAAAUGUCUCUAUGGUUUAUCAAGAUUUAUUUGAUAAAAGUUUUAAUCAAGUGGAAGCGGAACAUAAUCCAAAUGGGAAAAUAAUAAUUGAGAAGAUGACAAGUUUAAUAUAUCAUUUAAUUAAAUUAUUAUUUCUUUCGUCUAAAGGAUUUGAAAUGAUUGAUUUAUCAACUUCUUAUAAGAGUGUAGGAAUUCCACCAUUAUUAUCGAAAAUACCGGACAUGUUUAAGAUGGUAUUUACGGAUUUAAAACAUUUAAAAGUACAUACGAAUUAUGCGGAUAGUAAGGUUACAACGGAAAGAUUGGAUUCCGCAAAUAAAUUAUUUACCAAGAUAGUAGAAUAUUGUAAUAAUUUAGAAUAUCUCGAUGCCAAAGAUCUUUCAAAUGAAAAGAAUGAGAUGAGACAAUUAUUUAGAUUGGUGGGAGUCCAAAAGAAUCUGAAAUUUUUUACAGCAAGAAAUUUUGAACUUUGGCCUAAUUUAAUGAUUAAAUUAGGUGAAGCAACAGAGAAUACUUUAGUUUCCUUUAAUUUAUCUGGAGUUCCAAUUAAUAUUCAUUUAUUAGAACAUUUGUCUCAUUGUAAAGCAUUAAAAUAUUUAGCUCUUGUAAGAUAUAAUAAUGAAUUAUCUACCGGAUCUUCCAGGUCAUCAAUUACAUUUAUUACUGCCAAAGAAUUAUACUUUUAUAAAAAUAGACUCGAAUCAAAUACAUUAAAAUCAAUAUUAAGAUCAGUGGGAAAAAAUUUGAAAAGUUUAACCGUAGUUAAUAAUAAUACGGAAGCAAUUAUUCAAGGAAUUUGUAAAUUUUGUCCAAAUCUUAAAUAUUUAGCUUUGACAAUUUAUUCGGAUACCAAAUUUUCAACAUUAACGGAUUGGUUAACUGUUUCAAAAUUGGAAACCUUGAUAUUAGGAACCCUACAAUCAAAUAUUCAUAAUUUUUCUGAUUUACCACAAAUUGAUUUAGGGGAAAUUCUUAAAGAUUUAGGAAAUCAUUUUCCGAUUUCAUUAAAAUGCGUAGAUUUUGAUUUUGAAAUUACCCCUCAUCAAUUAGAAUUCUUUUUACGACGUAGUAAUCAAAUUUUUGAAGAAUUAGGAUUACAUCAAGCAUCCGGAUUAGAAGAUAAACAUUUAAAGAUAAUUAAGAAUCAUGCGAAAUUGACCAGAAAAUUAAUAGAAGUUACAUUUGAUAGAACAAAUGAAGAAAAACCUGAUCGUUCAUAUUUUUCUAAUAAGUAUUUAGCCGAUGCAGAGAAACAUAUUAAUACUAUUACUUCAACUUCAAUUGAUCCUUUCAUUGAUCCACUACAAAAAUUAUUUAGAGUUUAUGAUUUAGAAGUAAUGGAUACUGAAUAUAUGAUUAAAAAUGAAAUUGAAAAUUGGUAA